AUAGAAAAAAAAUUUACAUGCGGUGUUGGGCAAGGCAGGCCGUUUCUGGUACAGGUUUGUUACUUUGUUUGAUAUGGAUAGAAAUAGGUCUUGAAGCGUCGUGGUGGUGGAAGUGGGAGAUGUGAUCGAUUCACAAAAUAGCAAGUAUGUCUUCUCUGAUAGAUGAGUUGAAGGAGCAGCUUUUGGAGGUGGAGAAUGGCGAAGGACACCCGAAAAUGGAGGUACGCGAUCUUCUGAGAGUGUCGGAUGCAGGGGUCCCAAUACUGAAGGGCAUCAGUCUGGAAAUCCCAAAGGGCGUCAUAGUGGGAGUCAUAGGCCCCAGUGGCAGCGGAAAGUCAACGCUCCUCAGGGCAGUCAACCGCCUCUGGGAGCCUCCCUCCGCCUCCGUCUUCCUCGACUCCCGGGACAUCUGCCAGCUCGACGUGCUCUCCCUCCGCCGCAAAGUCGGCAUGCUGUUCCAGCUGCCCGCCCUCUUCGAAGGCACUGUAGCCGACAACGUGAGGUACGGCCCCAACCUCAGCGGGAAGAAGCUUUCAGAUGUUGAGGUAUGUAAGCUGUUGAUGCUGGCGGACCUGGACGCUUCCUUCCUUCAGAAGUCGGCGGCGGAGUUGUCAGUGGGUCAAGCACAGAGGGUUGCGCUGGCCAGAACUCUUGCUAAUUCCCCUGAGGUUUUGCUGCUUGAUGAGCCAACGAGUGCUUUAGAUCCUAUUUCCACGGAGAAUAUAGAGGCUGCACUGUUGAAGCUCAACAAGAAUAAUGGCAUGACCAUGAUUAUGGUGUCUCACAGCAUCAAACAAAUCCAGAGAAUUGCUGACGUCGUCUGCCUCCUCGUUGAUGGUGAGAUUGUUGAGAUUCUCAACCCUAACCAACUCUCCCAAGCCAACCAUCCCAUGGCUCAGAGGUUUCUUCAACUCACCACUUAAAAUUAUGUUUAAUAUCAAAUUUUCUAUCCAUUCAUAAUAAAGUACUCAUCGGUGUUCGUCUUUCUAAUUAUUUUCCUGCAAGGUCCCUUUGAUUCAGGCCACGUUGUUUGAAUCCUAUAUCUAAUUAUCUAAAUGAACUGUAUUACUGAAA